UCAAAUUUUUGCGCCAUCGUCCGCGUGGGCUGCCACAGGCUUAAGCUGCCGCGGCGACCAAGACGUAAGCAGCUAUCGCUAUUAAGAACUCAUCGCUGCCAACGAGCGCUGCGAGAAGCAACGCUGAGACGCUGCACACAGCUGUCCUACACCUGGGCUGCACAAGCAACGCGAGCCAUGCGCAACGCCAUCCUCUACGCCGGCACAAUAGUCGCCGUCGUGCAGAUCUUCUAUCUGGCACAACUCGCCGCGCAGCACAGCGAGCCGACGAUAGACGCGGACGCGGCCAUCGCCGAGGCCUUCGAGCGGCGGCCGCUCCACAAAGAGGACUACGCCGCGCCGCCACGACCCGCGUUACACGACGAGCCGGUCGCGGCCCACGCGCAGCCGCACGACUACGCCGCGCGCGACGCAUUGCUCGAGAAGCACGAAGCAGUGCCGCAUGUCCCAACAACACCAAAGACCGUGCGACGAUCAACGUCGCGCGCGGACCGCGUCGAGGCCUUCGUGCGGCACAUCCACGCCAAAUUCGCGCCGAUACGACCACAGGGCUUCGGCGUGCGCAAUGACCCGCACAGAGCCUCUGAUGGCAAGGUCUGGGAGACGUUUUAUGAAGCUGUAGAAAGUAGUCUGAACGGCCCCUACGCCGACCUAGCCUUCGCAUCACCCGAAGAAGUCAGGACAGAUGGUUCCAUCUUCCUCUCGAUAUCAAGUUUCAGAGACGAGGUCUGCCCCGACACUUUGGAGAACGCCUUCGCGACCGCUUCCACACCAGAGAAGGUCUUCGUGGGCUUGGUGCAGCAGAACUGCGACCAGAAGCAGCACGACGCCUACGGCUGCAAGACGGCGGUGAUGCCGAGCGACAUGCGCGUCCACGACAUGGACGCGGACGUCGAUUGCGUGCAGGCGUACUGUGCUCGUAGUAAUGCCAAAUGUGAUACCAUAAGAGUGGUACGGUUCAACGAGUCCGAGACGUUCGGACCCGUCUUCGGCCGAUAUCUAGGUUCACAGUUAUGGCAAGGAGAAACCUACUACAUGCAAGUAGACGCCCAUACGACUUUUGCCAAGGGGUGGGACGACGUGUUGAGGGAGGACUACGCCUUGGCACCGUCCAAGAAAGCUGUUUUUAGUCACUACCCCCCGUCAGGACCGCAGAAGCCGGAGUUACCGAAAAAGGAUAGGCACCCCUGGGAGCUAAGUGUGGGCCCGUGCAUGUGCGACGCCGAAUUUGCGGAGUACGGCAUCAUACGAGUAGGAGCCAUGAGGAAAUAUCCGAUGAAAGAGACUGUGAACAACUGCAAAGCUGGGAGUGAAGGGUGUUUACAUAUCCCGCGAUAUGCCCCGUUCAUCGGCGCGGGCUUCGUGUUUGCGCACGCUUCGUUUGUGAAAGAGGUGCCCUUCGACCCUUACUUACCUUUUAUUUUUAUGGGGGAAGAACUGAAUUUCGGGGCCCGAGCCUUCACGCACGGAUGGGACAUUUUCUGUCCUCCCCGAAGUGUGGUGGCCCACGCGUACUUGCGCAAGCAGAAGCCGAAGUUCUGGGGGGCUUUACAGCGGUCGAUUGGUGCUGGGACACAUAAUUCGCUCCAGAAGUUUGUGCUGCCGCGCGUGAAGCACAUGGUCGGCUACCCGGAGAACGAGGCUAUUUCGUCGCUGGCGGCUUCAUCACUGGUGGGGCACCUGGAGACGUACGGCCUCGGGUCGGCGCGGCCCGUGUCGGCUUAUAGGGAUUAUGCGGAUUUGGAUUUCGCGGCCAAGAGACAUGCCUCCGUGAAGUGGUGCGCGAAAGGCGACCGGCCGCCCCCGGAGGUAUUAAAGUUAUAG